ACGUGGUAAACUCACAAAACUGAAUUAAUAUUAGCAGUAGCACAACCAUUUAUAACAAUAAAAUAAAAUGGAAAAUAAAUUAAUAAAACACAAAAAACGAUUAAAUCGAGCAAAUAUAUAUCUCGAAUCGGUGCAAAUUAAAUGAAAAACAAACUUUUUCCCAUUUGAGACCCACAUGUAACUUUAGUAAUUUUGACAACCUAAUUUCAAUGCAUAAUCACCAAAAAAACCUUCAAAUUCGCCUGAGUAACCCAAGACUUAUCACAAAUCGUGGCACAAAUUUCAGGCGCAAUGUUCCGACGUGUCUUUAACAGCCUUCUCGAAACAACCGCACAAACCGAGAUUAUCUACCCCAAUCCAUUCACUAAACCUGAGACUAUACCUUUUGGGUGGCUCUCAAGUGUGGCCCCGUGCUUCCCCAUCAAUGCCAGUAAUAUUAGAGUUUUGUCGGAGCCCCCACAAUUUUAUAAUGUUUUGAAAGAGGGCUGUGCUUCAGCGACGAGACGUAUAGUGUUGGUCAGUCUCUAUUUGGGGACUGGAAGUUUAGAGAAAAAAUUAGUUAAGGCUGUUUUGGAUAACGAGAAUUUUCAAAAUGGGGGCUUGAGUGUUAGUGUUCUGUUGGAUUAUAUGAGAGGGAGUAGGUUUGAAGUGAAUUCUCGAACAGUCUUAAGGCCUCUGUUGCAAAAAAAUAGCAACUGUACCGUUUCAUUGUAUCACACUCCGGUUUUAAGGGGACUCCUCAAGAGAGUGACCCCAGAUAGGUGGAACGAAUUGUACGGGUUGCAACACAUGAAACUGUAUAUUUUUGACGAUACACUUGUGAUUAGUGGGGCUAAUUUGUCAAAUGAUUAUUUUACUAAUAGGCAAGACCGCUAUUUCGUAAUUAAAGACAAAAGAUUGUGUGAUUUUUACUGUGGUCUUGUUAAAAAAGUACAAAAAUUUAGUCUAACGUUAGAUAAGAACAAUAAUGUGGGUUUGGACGAGGAAUGGACUCAUUUACCGUACGAGGGCAGAAAAAACGACUUCAUCGAGAAGGCUGGGGACAUAAUCGAGAGUUACAUAACUGAAACAAAAAACGAACGUAAUAUACAUAAGGAGGAGGGUUUCGACACUUGGAUUUUUCCUUUGGUACAAAUGGGCCAACUCGGCAUCACGCAAGACUCCGAAACCACCACUCGUCUCCUCUCGGAAGCCCCUCAAGAUUCCACCCUGUACAUUUCCACCGGCUACUUCAACCUCACAACCCAAUAUAUGACAACUCUAAUAAAUCAGACCACAGCCACGUGUAAAAUCCUCAUGGCUCACCCGAAAGCCAACGGUUUCUUAGGGGCUGAAGGCCCUGCCGGGGGAAUCCCAUAUGCCUACUCCCUCAUCGCACACAAGUUCCGAAAUGAAUUCGAAAAGCUGAACCAACAGCACCGAAUCGACCUGUUUGAGUAUUUGAGGGACAAAUGGACGUAUCAUGGCAAAGGACUAUGGUACUACGCCUCCAGAGACAGCAACCCGAGUUUGACUCUAAUUGGGUCUCCGAAUUUCGGCGAAAGGUCGGUGAAACGCGAUCUGGAAACGCAACUAGCAAUUGUUACCGAAAAUUCAGUAUUGAAAAAAGAGUUACAUGAAGAGUGCCAAAGAUUGUAUGGGUUUGGGAGACCAGCCGAAACGGAGAGGGCUGUACCCAAGUGGGUGCAUGGGUUUGUUUUUUUCUUCAGGAAUUUUUUUUAAGAGAAAUGUGAUUGUUUUAUUUAUUUUGUUGAUUUAUUAAAGUUUUAGCAAUU